AUGGCUCUGCGCUACCCCAUGGCCGUGGGCCUCAACAAGGGUCACAAGGUGACCAAGAACGUGGGCAAGCCGAGGCACAGCCGCCGCCGCGGGCGUCUCACCAAACACACCAAGUUCGUGCGGGACAUGAUCCGGGAGGUGUGUGGCUUCGCCCCUUACGAGCGACGCGCCAUGGAGCUGCUCAAGGUCUCCAAGGACAAGCGGGCCCUCAAGUUCAUCAAGAAGAGGGUGGGGACACACAUCCGCGCGAAGAGGAAGAGAGAGGAGCUGAGCAACGUCUUGGCCGCCAUGAGGAAAGCGGCAGCCAAGAAGGAUUGA